AUGUCGAAACCAGUCAGUGUAAUCAAGGGGAAAGCUACAAGCAAAGACUUGCUUGAGAUGGAGGAAAAACUCCGAUCUUUGAAACAGAGCAUGGAAGAGGAGCGAAAAAAACGAAGUGCUUUGGUCCAGAGGAACGGAACAGGCAGCGUAUGGAUCAAUGGCAGAGCAGGGGCCUUGCGAGGGGCGAACAGUGUCAAAGAAUUCGUCAAAUCAAGCAAGAAGCUUUCAGCGACAGUAGCGGCCAUCCCAUUUUCGGCAGUAGAUGCGGUGAAGCUCUCGAGUACCGUCGCGUUGUGCGAGUCGUCGGCUAGUCGAGCAUCUACAGCAUCACCAACUGAGCAAAAUCAGAACACUUUUGAAAAUGAUGACAAUCUUUCCAAUAGGCACCAAAGGCCUAUCUCUGCUAGGAUCGAGACACAAGCUAUUGAGUGUCAAACCGAAUCUCCCACUCCACGACCUCAGACUUCAAAUGCUAGACCAUCUACUGCAGGGAGCCGAACGUAUUUUGCUAAGAUUAUGCAGGCACGGCAGAAGUCAAAGGGCUUCUGA